CAGGUUGGCUGCUGUCUUACAUUGAGCUAGGAUACUGGACGCAACUGCCGUUCUGAAUGUAGCGAGCAGAUUGUAUUGUUAAAUUGUUGUCAUGUCUAGAUGUAGGCAACAUAUGGAUUUCCAAUACUGAGAAUUGAUUAUUUUUCCAUUUGCUUUCUAGCAUUUGCUAGCAGACCUGGCAGAUCACUUCUGGUAUUUCUAUAUACAGGCUUGCCAUAGAACAGAGAAACUAAAGGAGGCAUAGCCCAUUAGAGGCCCUGAAUGAGAGAACAGAGGAGUGGGAUAGAACAGUGUAGGUGUAGAAACAGGGUUCGGUAGAUAGACUGCCAUGAGAGAGGAUCCGUCAAGCUGUGGUGAAUACCCUGAGGGAGGGGUGGUGUCCAGCGAGGAGGAGCCAGACUGUGCUCCAAACAAAUGCCCUGUGGUGGUGGUAACACCAGGGGCUGGCGGGCGCAAAAGGGUCACCAGGAAAGACAACAUUUCAUCGCCAACAGAGGACAACAAGUCAACGACAGGAGGGCCUCCCAGUCUGAUCCCAUCAGGACCCAAGAGGCCUAAGAAGAGUCCCCAGCCCUCCCUGUCUCCUCUCCCCAUCCCAGGCCAGCCCCUGGAGGACCCUCAGCACCAGCGGGUGGUCGCCAAUGUACGGGAGCGCCAACGGACACAGUCCCUGAACGACGCCUUUGCCUCGCUUCGUAAGAUCAUCCCCACGCUGCCAUCAGACAAGCUGAGCAAGAUUCAGAUCCUGAAGCUGGCCUCACGCUACAUUGACUUCCUCUACCAAGUCCUGCAGAGUGAUGAGAUGGACGCCAAGCUGGCCAGCUGUAACUACCUAGCCCACGAGAGACUCAGCUAUGCAUUCUCAGUGUGGAGGAUGGAGGGGGCCUGGUCCAUGUCCGCUACCCACUAGCCCUCCCACUUACCUCUCUAACACCCUCUCGCCCUCCCCUCCUGCCCCCUCGCCCUCCCACAGCUGCGCCCUCCGGACCAAAUCUCCCAUGACCUCUGACCCCUGCUCUCUGACCCUCAUCCUCACACCAUCUCACUCCUCCACCACUCUACACCAGCAUAGGACCAAGGCGAUUGAGAAGCCUUCACGUUGGUCUGCAAUCCCUUUGAUUACUGGUUUGUACUUACACCUCUGGACCAACUAAAUCACAGAUCUCAGCCCUGCCCUCACUCUGGAGAGGUACUGUAGAUACUCGGCUUCCUCGAGCGCACACCGAAUCGUCAGGGCAACAAUUUUGAGCUACUAGCAGGCCUGGAAGACAGACAACUAUAGCAUUUUAUGACCUGGAAAUUGCAACUUUGACUUAGAAACAGUUUUGUACACAAAUGUAAGUCAUGUGAAUGUUCCUUUUCUAGUGUAAAUGAAUGUAGUCACAAACAAUAGAACAUUCUUGAUUAAAAGGGAAGUUGCUGUAAAGAAUGUAUUUGUAUUACAAUUGUAGAUAUGUGGAUAAAACAUGCCUUGUGAUUUUCUUGUCCAUAUAAUAAAAUGUGUCUCAUCUUAUAACCGGUCUCACCUUUAACCCUGUACUGCGACGACACCAGCAUGGUCCACCAUCAGCCUUCAAUAUUUGGAGAUGGACGAUGACACAAUGGCAUUUCUAAACACCAAAUACAUAUGAAAUACUUGGGACUAUUAUCCUUCUUUGUGUUUGUGUGUGAAAUAACCUGGGAUCUAUCUACGAGUUACCCUGUCAGCCUUAAUUAGUGCUCUAGAACAUACGCCUCGUUAAGAAGUCUGCUCUGGCAGACUAAGGUAUAAUUGCACAUAAAGCUGUUGUUCUUUUGGGGGAAAAUAAGGCCUCUAAAAUAUUUAUUGGUUGGAAAGAAAUCUUGUGAUAUACCCAACCACAGAAGCACAUGUGGAUACAUGCAUUAAUGGACCAUGAGAGUGUACACUGUAUAUCAAACAUGUCACACCUACACAUGUGCACACACAACAUUUUCAAUUUUAAUUAAGAGAAAAUCAGUACAAAAUAGACAUUCUUUCUAUACACACAUAGGAAAUAUGGAGGAAACAAACAAGGUAAAAUAAAAGUAUGAACGUAUGAAAAAAGAUUCAAAUGUCAUUUUUUGUUAUUCUAAACUUGUUAGUGAAGGCUACCAAUACAUGAUUCAAGGCACAUGUGUGAUGCAUUUUGGUCUUGAGUAUCUAUUUACAGUGACUUUAGCAAGUAGAUCAUGAAAAA